UAUGUCAAUUUUGCUCAUUCGUUUUAUUUUUUUUUUGCAAAGUGUACCAUCUUUACUUGAACCUCACAGGCCAACGAAUUUUGUUUAUAGGAUUCGCAAUAUUAUAGUUUCAAUCCACUCUUUUCAAACAAUUGACAUGGAAGGCUCUCACACACCCGGAUUUUGUCCAGACUGUGGAUCUAUAUUGCCACUGCUGCGGAUGACGGGAAACGUGACUUGUUACACUUGCCACAAAAGUUACAAUGAAGCAGUGUUUGGAUCCAUGAAUAUGGAAUACACCAUCCAAUUCAACUCGUACGAGAACAAAAAAUCCGAUAAGCAAGAUACGCCUGGUGAAGAAGAUGCCGAGGGACCCAUCGUGUCACGGCGAUGUCCCAACUGUGCACACGGUCAAAUGUCCUACGCGACACUGCAACUUCGUUCUGCCGACGAGGGACAAACAGUUUUCUUCACAUGUACCAAGUGCAAAUUCAAAGAAUCCGAAAAUUCAUAACUCGUGUUGCUGUUGCUGUUUUUUAUGUAGAAUCUAUAUUAAGCGUAUUUUGAGAGAUGAAUUAAAACUUUCGAGAUUUUUAUUUUCAUCAAAUGAAA